GUCUGCUCGAGCCAAUAUAAAAAAAAAACCCAAUGAAAUAAGAUAACACAAAUCUGUUCUGUUUUACUUACAGUUUAUUUUGUUGGUUUUUUUAACAGUGAAAAUUUGAAGCUUCUAUCUUUAAUAGAUUGAUCUCAGUGAUUUUCUAAAAAUACCCCCGAAAUGGUGGUUUCAGGGGCCGGGCGCCCCCAAAAAUGUUGGUAGUCAGUGAGUUAAAGCAUGCUUGCCCCUCAAACCAGUUGCAGCAAGUGUAGCAGUGAACAUUUCUCAAUAAGUGGUAUGUGGACGAGAUAUUGAUGAUGAUGGGUCUUCUAUGUCUCUAUGAAUGAUAAAGAUAAAUAGUCAUUUCACACUGCCAAAAGCUUGAAGGACUGGUGGAAAUGGAAGUGUCCAAGAAACGCACAGAGCCAGGUGGAAAGGAUCAGGUGGCACGUUCCAGCAGAGGUGAUGGAGACUCUGGAGAACAAAAUAAAGAGCAGUCAUGGAGGGGGGAGAAACGAGGGUCUGGACGAGGAGGUAAAGGGUCCUCGACUCACACUGGUGGAGGAGAUAAAGUCAGCCGUGGUGAUUUGGGGGACCAGAUGCAAGAGAAAAAAGACAGGAGUACCCGCAAAGACAGGGCAGGGGAAGGUGAUGAAAGGGAAGGCAACAAAGACAGAAGAACUGGAAAAUCCAGCAGUGUAAGAGAGGGAAGAUCACAUCAAGCAGACGCCCGGGUUGUGAACGAAAAGAAGGACUCUGAGAUGAAGAAAGAGCCGAAGGAGACUGAUGAGAAAAAGAGUGAAGAGGAUUUGAAGGCUCAGGAGGCUGAAGAACGACAGAGACAGGAAGAGGAGCAAAAGAGAAAAGAAGAGGAGGAAAAGAAAAAUGCAGCAGAAAAAGCAGAGAAAGAGAAACAAGAAGAAGAGAAAUCUCUGAAAGAUUUCAUUGCAGAGGCAGAGGACAGAAUAAAGACAAAAAAAGAAGCAAGAACUGUAAAUCUCUCUGCUCCAGAGAAUCGUCCAGAUGAGUCCUUCUUCAGCAAGCUAGACUCCAGCCUAAAGAAAAAUACUGCCUUUAUAAGGAAAGUGAGGAACCUGACCGAGUCUCAAAAGGACAGCUUGUGUAAGGAACUGCUGGGUCUCAAUCUGACCAAGUACAUUGGAGAAGUGGCUGGGGCCAUCAUCGAGGCUAAACUGAAAAUGUCAGAUGUCCCUUGCGCUUCCCAAGUCUGCGGCCUCUUACACCAGCGCUACGCAGACUUUAGCCACGCCCUCAUCGAAGUCUUCAACAAGUUCUUGCUUUCGAAAAAAGAUGAAAAGAUCAGCAAUGCCAGCAAAUAUCGUGUGGAUUUGCGGUUCUUGGGUGAGCUGAUUGCCUGUGGUGUGUUCACUGCAAAGGAAGGGCUGCCAAUUCUCGCCAACCAGCUGUCCAUCUUGGUCAGCUCGGAUCGGGAUGAGCACAAUUACUUGCCCAUCAUCACCAGCUUCUGCAAGCACUGCGGAGAAGACUACAUGGGCAUUGUGCCUCGCAAGUACAGAUUACUGUCAGAAAAGUUUGGACUUGAUGUACCCAAAAGUCAGCUGUUGCCCUCGGACCGCCAGAAGGGCUGCCGCAACCUGCUCAAAGAUUACUACUCCUCUCUCAUCAAACACGUCACUGCUGCCCAUCGGGACCUCAAGAUGCACGAGAAGCAGAAUCGGAAAAUUAUGCAGACCAAGGGUGAGGUAUCUACUGAGAGGAGAGAGGCGCACGAGGCAGCAUUCAAUACCUUCCAGAAGUUGUCAUCGAGUGCAGCUGUCCUGGCUGAUUUGCUUGAUGAGGACAUGCCAGAGUUCCAACAAGAGGAUGGGGGAGAGGAUGGGAACAGAGGUCUGGACAUUUUCAACCCGCUCAAAGAUGCUGAGUUUCAGUAUGAAGGAGACAAGACGCUGUUUGAAGACGAAGAUACAAGAUCUUUCUACGAGACUCUGCCAGAUCUUAGAGCUUUCAUUCCGGGUAUUUUGUACAGGGACAGUGAAAACAUCAGUGCAAAAGAUGAUCUUAAGAAUGCUGACACUGGACUAGAGGAGGAGAUGGAUCAGCUGGCUGUUGACGAUAUUGAGAAGGAGCUGGAAACUGAGAGGAUUGAAGAGAGCAUGAAGGAGGCAGAGAGACAGGAGGUUGGAGAGUCUGCGUCAGAGCCUGAGGAGGAGAGGUUUGUCCUGCCAGAGGCUGAAGAUGAUGACACAGAGACUGGGUCAUUGAUGCGGGCGCAGUUUGAAUCUUUUCUGACCUCUCUGCCGAACUCUGUCAACAGAGAUGUCAUAGAUAAGACUGCAGUGGAAUUUUGCAUGAACUUCAACACCAAGUCAAACCGCAAGAAGCUUGUGAAAGCUUUAUUUUCUGUACAUAGAACCAGAUAUGAUCUCCUCCCAUUCUAUUCUCGGUUGGUCGCAAUCCUAGAACCAUGUAUGCCGGAGCUUGCCUCAGAUCUGGUGCAGAUGCUGAAGUCGGACUUCAAGUGGCAUGUGCGAAAGAAGGACCAGAUCAAUAUCGAGUCUAAAAUUAAGAUUGUCAGAUUUAUUGGUGAGCUAGUCAAGUUCAAGGUCUGCCCAAAGAUUGAGGCUCUCCAAUGUUUGAAGAUGCUCAUGUUUGACUUUCGACAUCACAACAUUGAGAUGGCUUGUGCACUUCUGGAGACUUGUGGUCGCUUCUUGUACCGCUCUCCUGACUCUCAUUACAGAACCAAAGUCUACUUGGAAGUAAUGAUGAGAAAGAAAAUGGCCAUGAAGCUAGAGACUCGCUAUGAGACGAUGAUUGAAAAUGCCUUCUACUAUAGUAACCCACCAGAGAUCCAGGUAGUGCCUCGCAAAGAAAGGCCUCCGAUGCAUGAGUACAUUCGCAAGCUGCUGUACAAGGACUUGUCCAAAGUCACGGUGGAAAAGGUGUUGAGGCAGAUGAGAAAGUUGAAGUGGGAUGACCCAGAGAUUGCUUUCUAUGCCACCAAGUGCUUAACUGCUGUGUGGAACAUUCGCUACAACUCUGUUCACUGUGCUGCAAACCUGCUGGCAGGCAUUGCACCGUUUCAUGAACAUGUGGCAAUCCAAGUGGUGGAUGGUGUGUUGGAAGACAUACGCCUUGGCAUGGAGGUGAACCAUCCCAGGUACAACCAGAGGAGAGUGAGUUGUGUGAAAUACCUGGGUGAGCUCUACAACUACAGGAUGGUGGAGUCCUCUGUCAUCUUUAGAGUUCUCUACUCUCUCAUCACUUUUGGCGUUUCACUGGAUGAAAAAGUGAUCAGCCCCCUAGACCUGCCCGACCACCUGUUCCGUAUCCGACUGAUCUGUGUCACACUGGAGACCUGUGGCCAGUACUUUGACAAAGGUUCCAGCAAGAAAAAGCUGGACUGUUUCCUGGUCUACUUUCAGCGUUAUUAUUGGUUCAAGAGGAGUCAUCCAAUCUUUAACGCUGAACAUCGCUUCCCGAUUGAUGUUGAGAAUCUUAUGAAUGAGACCCUGGAGAUUGUGAGGCCCAAGAUGGUUCAGUUCAAGAGCUACCAGGAGGCGUGCGAUGCUGCGGAGCAGUUGGAGACGGAAUACAGAGCCAAAAUUGCCAAUGUGCUGUCAUUGAUUGAGACGGAAGAAGAGGAGGGAAAUGACAGUGACGAAGCUAUGGAGGAGGAUGAAGAUGAAGAUGGGCUAGCCACCAUUGCAGAGGGAGAAGAGAAUGAAGAGGACCUCACUUUGUCAGGCGGGGCAACGGAAGGCUCCGGAACGCAGGACAGCGAGACAAGUCUGAGUGGUCAUGAUUUGGAGGGAGAGGAAGGUGAAGAUGAGGGUUCCUCAACUGAAGACGAUUAUGACGACUCAGAUGAGGAUGAAGAAGCGGAGGUCAAGGUCACCAAGCUGAAGCCAGUUGCCAGUAAAGAGGAUGAAGACUUCAUGGCAGCGCUAGACCUGAUGAUGAAUGAAACCAUUCAGGCCAGGACUCAGGAGUCUCUGAAGGUGCCGCAGCUGGACAUUGCUCUACCCACUCAACUGAAGAACAAAACCAAGAAGAUUGGAGCUGGAGCACCGGCCACCCCAAACCUGUUGGAGAAAGGUGCAGAGGAUGAGGAGAGAGGAGAGAGCGGUCUCAAGUUUUUGCUCAUGACUCGUAGAGGGAAUAAGCAACAGCUCACUAAUUUUGAAAUCCCCAUGACUGCAGAAUUUGCCACGAAAUUCAAAGAAAGAGAGCAGGCUGAGAGGAUCGAGAAGGAGAAGAUGAAGCAGAUGGUGCUCAACUUCCAUGAGAGGCAGGAGGAGGAAGAAUACCAAGAAACCCUGGCCAGCAUGAGCAAGUCAACGCCGGUCAACAUCAACCGUGAGAGGAAGGUGAAGUACCAGCAUCCUAAAGGUGCUCCUGAUGCUGAUCUCAUAUUUGGCAACAAGAAACGCUGACAGCACCAAGCUAGUUCCCCUGGAACUAUCGAUAACGUCUCUUAUGAUGAAGGUCACUGAACCUGCGGGCAGACAGAUGCACACAACUGUCAGCAGAAAGUGCUGCCCCCGUUCAGCAAGCUCUGGCACAGUUACUGCGUCUGGCGUACACCAGAGCUUGUUGCUAUGGCAACCUACCCAAGUGAUAGUGUUUCUUCAUUAGUGUCUCCAGCUGCGAAAUAUGUAGAUGAAAAAUGGAAUGCGCAGUCUUAAACACUUUAGAUGUGAAGUAAAUCUUUAUUUAGGGAAAAUGAAAAAAAAAAAAUAAAGACUGAUUCAUUUCAUUUGGCAGAAAGAAUGCAUAUGAAAUUACCAUAAUGUGAGCCACUUACUUCACAUUACUUCAAGCUUUUCUGCGGUGUAUGUAAUAGGGACAUAUAUAAUGCUAAAAAUGAUGGGGGUCAAAUUAAAAAGAUUUGUGAUGUUGCACAACACACUUACGUUGGCAGUUUAAUCAACUUCUGGGCUGUUUUUAUGGAAAGUUUAGGUGUGUUUGAGAAAGUUCUCAAUCUGUCCUUUUUGUUUCAAUUGCAAGUGUUUUAAUCAUAUUUCUACCAAUAUAUAUAUGACUUAUUUUAA